AUGCAUGCUACGCCGGGUAGCAGUGCCAAUGGGAAAAGGGCGCGACAGGAAGUUGGGUAUAAUCUCAGCGGCAACAACAAGGAUAUAAUGCCGCCUCCCGCGCAUCACCGGCGGAGCUAUCCAGCCCCCGCGCUGAAAGAGGAACCGCCUGCGCGCUUUCUCGCCGUAAACCCGGCUCCGCGGAAAGGGGCAACGCCGUCGUUACCGUCGUUAUCGGCUGGCGUGUCUGCACCCAUGAAGGGGCCGUUUGCGGAAAGCUUCGCCGCCGCUGCCGCUGCCGCUGCGUCGGCGCAUCCCGCCGCCUCCGCCAGCGCCAGUUUUGCGGCGAAAAAGGGUGGCGGAGCUUGCGCGAGCGGCGCUAGCGCAGCGACUGUGGGCGGAAAGGCGGACGGGAUUUCCGCCAGCGGAGCGGAGCGCGGAGGCGCGCAUGCUGUGGCGCAGCCGUCCGCAAAUUUCCACGCGUACAAGGCGGAAUUCCAAGGCACCGCUCUGCGCGUCUACGUCCCUAAGGACCUGGGCGGAAGGUGCAUCCGCGAGUGCUUGCGCUUCCAGCUGGGCGGAGAUAAUGGCAUCGGCAAGGCGUUGGAACUUGGCAACAGCCGGUCGUCGUUCAAGGGGAGUCGCGACAAGAUCAAGGAGGGCAAGAAUCUCAUGUCGGUGAUAUCGCUGCGCGAGGCGCUGGGAUUCCUGGACCGCACCACCAAGGACCGCGCGCGCGCGCAGCACAUGAAGCGCUUCAUCCACGACGUCGUCGUCCCCAAACUGGAGCGCGGGGAGCUCCCCCCGUGGGGCGGCGGAACGCAGCGCGCGCCCGACCACCCGGGGCUGGACGAGUUCAUCCGCAAGCUCAUCCUCGCUACAGAGAAACUCGAGUCGUGCUUGCAGCACAAGGAGGUGGCGGGGUACCUGGCGGAGCUGAAGCGCGCCGUGCGCGCCAAGGGGGAGCGGGACGUGCGCGUGGUGCUUGUGGGGGGCGCGGGCGCGGGGAAGAGUCACCUGGGGAACCGCACCGGUACUCCCAAUGCUGCCUCCUCCCGCGCGGCCCACCAUCUCCGCGUGUACCUCCGCGAGUGCUUCGGCUGCGCGGUCGUGGACGGCAAAAUUCGUCUGGUAGCGCCGGAAGUGGUGAAGCUGCCAGAGGCGGUGGUCGGGGGCGUGGUGGGGAAGGCGGAGGUGGAGGGCGCGGAGGGGGGCGUGUUUGGGCGCAUGCAGAUGCUGGCGGGGAGUGUGGCUGCGCGGCUGACGGAGGGGCAGCGCCUGGCUGUGGAGGCGCUGCUGCUGGAGUCGCCUGCUAUUGGGUUGCCUGCUGGCUACACCCUCUUCGAUACGCCCGGCACGCCCAGUGUCUCGACCUCCCCAGCCCUGCAGCAGCUGCUGCAGCGCGCGGACGUCAUAGUGCCCUGCUCCGCGCGCCAGCCCCUCUCUGACCGCCUCAUCCGCGCGCUGCUCUGGCCAGGGCUCUUCUUCCGCCCGCGGCCCCCCCUCUUCCUCAUCCCGCUGGACUACUGCACCGUUGGCGCAGGGGGCAGCGCGGGGGGAGGGGCAGGCUGCGGGGAAGGCUGGGAUGGUGGCGGUGUCGCCGGGGAUGCGUGCGGUGGCUGUGGGUGUGGGUGUGGGUGCGGUGCUGGGCCAGGAGAGAGCAGCAACGGGAAGGCAUGGGGCGACAUGGCUCCAUGGCCGGCAGGAAUGGCAGGGAUGGCAGGAAUGAACGGAUCUGCCUCGUCUCUUGACCUACCCUUCUCUGCUGCUGCCGUCGGUGCUGCUGCUGGCGGCAGUGCCGGGCCGCAUGCGGACGAGCGGCGGGCGUAUCUGCGCGCGCGGUUUGCGAGUGUGGCGCGGUGUGGUGCGCUGGCGCCGUGUGUGGACGUGCACCAGAGGGCGCAGCUCAGCGCCCACCUCGCCCACACGCUGCAAGUGCUGCCUCCCGGCGUGCUGUCCUUCCAGGAGCACCCAGUGCUGCAGUCGCACGUGUUGCAGCACGACAAUCAGAUGCUGCUGUGGGCUGCCACUACCCUCGCCUUCACCCUCAACGGCCUCCUCACUCGCCACGGACUGCUGCCUAACCCACACAACAACAUCCAUCACAGCAGCAACAGCAACAGCGGCGGCAGCGGCAGCGGCAAGGCCCACUGGGAGCACGUGCGGUACAAGAGCCAGCAAUGCUUCCUCUCCGCCUUCCGGGAAGAGAUUAUCCAACAGCUGGACGCGUUGCGCUGUGAGGUGCAGGAUUAUCUUGAGACGUGCGCGUGGGCGAGCGACGGGAGCGAGCGGUGGUGGCGCAGAAUGGUGUCGUUUGUGGUGGGCGCGUUAAGGCAGUCGUUUGAAGGGCUCGGGGAUGUGGCGUGCGCGCUGAUGCUGGACGAGCAGGAGGCCGCUAUCGCCAUGCUCGCGUCCUCCUCUUCGCAUCCGUAA